CCACGCCAAAAUAAUUUGAAUUUGGAGAAGCUUCACCAUUUUUAUAUCACACAAAAAAUCCAUCACACACACACAAAGAUUUCCUCACUUCCCAUCUCUCCAAUCAACCCUACAAAAAUCAUUCAAUCAAUCCCAGUAUCCAAAAAGGGAAAAAAAAAGAAUCAAAAUCACCAUAAAUAAUAAUUUCAAGAGCAAAACAAAUAAAAAAAUGGCUUCAAUCAGGCCUGCAACUCGCUACACCAACAGCCUCAACAGCUCCACGAAAUCCGACCCCUCGUCAUCUGCCGAGUUCCCCUCCUCACGCGCCCUGACCAAGAAAAAGGAGGCGGCACCGGUGAAUUUCACCUCCAUGGUCAGGAAACUGGUGGAGAGCAAGAAGACGGGCAAGAAUUCGGACAGGGGACCCAAGUUCGUGGUGGCCUCCGACCUCGUGGCGGCCGAUCUGAAGAAGAAUAAUAAAAGGGCAACGGGAUUGGGUGGGCUCCACAAGAAGCUGUUCAAAGGGUCAUCUUCUGGGUCAUCGUCAGGGCCAAAAAGGGGAGACGACGGCUGUAAGAAGGCGCUGACUGAGGUGAAGAGCAACACGAGGACGCUGGCAAUGGUGCUGAGGAGUGAGAGGGAGCUGUUGAUUCAGAACAAGGAGCACGAGGAGGAGAUUUCGGAGCUCAAGAUGUUGAUCGAGGAAAAGAAUCGAGAGGUUGAGAAAUUGAAAGACUUGUGCUUGAAGCAAAGGGAAGAGAUAAAGUCUCUAAAAAGUGCUAUCCUCUUCCCAGAUGUUUUGAACUUGCAACUUCAGGACUUAAUGGAUAAGCAGGGUUCAGAGCUAAAACAGGCAAAACAGCUAAUUCCAAGUCUUCAGAAACAGGUCACUUCUCUCACAGGCCAACUGCAAUGUCUUGCAGAGGAUCUUGCCGAGGUGAAGGCAGACAAGUAUUCCUCUGGAAGGGGAUUAUUCGAUAAUCAAUUUAGCUCCCCAAGAACACCAUCAUACGAUCAAGAGGAUGCCGCUAAUUCUCUGUUUGAUCAAGUAUAUAGCUCGGGUGAUUACACAACCCCAGACAGCCCAGAUGACAUGAUCCUCAAAGAUUUGAAUCCUUGCCUAACACCUUAUUCAAAGACGAAAUCCAAGGAAUUUAGUGCAUACAGUUCCCCUGAUGAUAAGUUUGUCUAUGACACCUGUGCAACUAAGCUGUCAAAAAGUUCGGAAUCUUGCCAAUCUUCAAAGGCAGUGACGGGUUUCGUCCGCACGAUCAGCAGGUCUGGUGACAGCAAAUUGGUAUUGAUAUUUAAGACUAGUGGCUCCACAAUUAGCCCGUUUAUGACGGUGUCUAAGCGGCUCUCAGAAAAGAAAGUGGCCAAGUUUGAGAAGAACAUAACGAGAAGAGGCACUGGCAGCAAUGGUUCGUCUAGAAAUGGAUUCGAGCCGGCUCAUAUUGUUCUCAUUCUCUUUGCAGUCUUGGUGGUAGCCUCUUUUAUAUUUCAAGUUGUGAGGAUGGCGAUUAGUGAUGGAGUUGGCGAAGAAAAUGAAGUUGGGUCGUAG